CUGACACACCAGCAAUGAAGAAGUUCGUGGGGGGAAUAACGCGGAGGAAUACGCGCCGUGUACAUGUGCUGUGCGUUCAAUUUCACUUUUACGCUUUCAAUUUUCCCUCCGGCAUUUAUUGACUCUUUGUAGCGACUUUGGAGAAGUAAAGCAGCAGAAACGGCAGCUGACAUGUUCCUCUGACAGGACCUACUCACAGAAGAAGAUGCAGUAGAGUACCACCUGCAACGUCAAAUUAUUCUUCAUUCUCAGCAUAUACAAUAUAGCCCCCCUGACAUGACUUCCUCUCCUGGGCUGGAUGCUGCCCCGUUACCCCUCCUUCAGCUCCAGGAGGUCGACUCCAGCAAAGCCACAGAGAGGGCGAGCUCCCCAGGACUUCUGCCUGCUAUGUACAGCCCUCCUGUGGGCAUGGACAGCCACACCGUCUGCAUCCCCUCUCCAUACACAGACAGUAACCAUGAUUAUAACCAUGGACACGGACCUUUGACCUUUUACAGCCCCUCCAUGCUGGGCUACUCCAGGCCACCCAUCACUGACAGUCCGUCAUCUCUGUGUCCCCCCCUCAGCCCCUCAGCUUUUUGGCCCUCCCACACUCACCACAAUGUACCUUCGCUGACUCUGCACUGCACUCAGCCUCUUGUCUAUAAUGAACCCAGCCCACAUGCACCGUGGCUGGAUCCCCAAACUCACAGCAUCAACCCCAGCAGCUCCAUCAUCAGCUGUAACAAGAUGCUGGGAAAGAAAUCUGAAGAAGGAGCGGAAGGAGUGAAAUCCUCCUCGUGCUCAUCUGCACUAGGGAAAGCCGACAUGCACUUCUGCGCCGUGUGCCACGACUACGCCUCUGGGUACCACUAUGGUGUGUGGUCCUGUGAGGGCUGUAAGGCUUUUUUCAAGAGAAGCAUCCAAGGACACAAUGAUUAUAUUUGCCCUGCCACAAAUCAGUGCACUAUUGACAAGAACCGCCGUAAAAGCUGCCAGGCCUGCCGCCUACGUAAAUGCUAUGAAGUGGGCAUGAUGAAGUGCGGUGUGAGGCGUGAACGUUGUGGUUUUCGCGGAGCCCGACACCGUCGCAGUGGACUUCAAACUCGGGAUACAACAGGUCAGAAUUUGGUACGGGUUGGUUCAGGUUCUCGGGCUCAGCGCCAUCUUCACCUGGGGAUGCCUGUCUCCACACUGACCCCCGUCCCUCACGCGAAUUACAUGCACCACUCAGCCAUGAGCCCAGAGGAGUUCAUUUCCCGCAUCAUGGAGGCAGAGCCCCCCGAGAUCUACCUCAUGGAGGACCUGAAGAAGCCUUUCACCGAGGCCAGCAUGAUGAUGACCCUCACCAACCUGGCAGACAAGGAACUGGUCCUCAUGAUCAGCUGGGCCAAGAAGAUCCCUGGCUUUGUAGAGUUGAGUCUAACAGACCAAAUCCACCUGCUGAAGUGCUGCUGGCUGGAGAUCCUCAUGCUGGGUCUAAUGUGGAGGUCGGUGGAUCAUCCUGGAAAACUAAUCUUCUCUCCAGAUUUCAAACUCAACAGGGAGGAGGGACAGUGUGUGGAGGGCAUCAUGGAGAUUUUCGACAUGCUGCUGGCGGCCACCUCUCGGUUUCGUGAGCUGAAGCUGCAGAGGGAGGAGUAUGUCUGUCUGAAGGCCAUGAUUCUGCUCAACUCCAAUCUGUGCACAAGCUCCCCUCAGACAGCAGAAGAGCUAGAAAGCAGAAACAAGCUGCUGCGUCUCCUGGACUCUGUGAUCGAUGCUCUGGUCUGGGCCAUUUCCAAACUGGGUUUAUCCACCCAGCAGCAGACUCUGCGCCUCGGCCAUCUCACCAUGCUGCUCUCCCACAUCCGGCACGUCAGUAACAAAGGCAUGGACCACCUGUCCACCAUGAAGAGGAAGAACGUGGUGCUGGUGUACGACCUCCUCCUGGAGAUGCUGGACGCCAACAUAUCCAGCGGCAGCAGUCAAACGUCCUCGUCCUCACCUAGUUCUGACACCUACUCCGAACAGCAACAGUACCCCCCGCCGCCAUCUCACCUGCAGCCAGGCCCCGACCAGACCACUACCGAUGCUGACAAUACCACCGUGCCUCCACAUAGACCAGCUGAAGUCCCGGUCCUGGACAGAGACCUGCAGACCCUCCAGGCUACACCUCCAUCACAGAGUUUAGUGGGGUCUCACUUGGACAGCAAUGAUUACAUCUCUGCAGAGCUGGAUGAUGGGGAUGCAGGUCCAUCGGCGGAGUCAACAAACUACUUCACCCCUGGCAGAGUUGUCAUGGAAACAGCCUGAGAGUGACAGAACUAAAAGACUAAUACUGAACCUUAAUGGAUACCCAUCUCCCAAAGACUGGAAAAAAAAAACAAAACAAAACAGAAAGUGCUGUUGUGAGGUAACGUUUCCCUUGUCGAGAUGUUUUUAGUCUUUAAAAAUUUUUUGAUCGAAUGUAUAUUUUGUGUGUGUAACUAUUUCUUGUGAGUGUGCACUACCAUUGAUGUUCACGGGGACGUCGCUGGCUGUCUGCCAGCACUCUUUUUUUGAUAAACAGUAUUUGUAUCUCUUUUUAUCACCGUGGUGUAACAUCCAGAACAAGCCAUCUACAAACCAUCUCCACUUACUCGUGAGGGCGCCCGCGGCCAAUAAGUUAACAUCCAUGUCCGUAUGAGGGCUGUUAGUCAUACAACAAUGAAAAGAGCUGUUCUCCAUCACCCUGUUGUGUUUUUUUCCCCCUCUUUUACUGCUGUGCACGUUGGUGUCUGUGCCUGUUCAAGCAGGAUUUUUCUACUGUCUUUGUACUUACCUGUUUGUGAAUUAGAGCAGCAGUAUGUGGCCUUUUACCAAAAUGACUGUUAAACUUCCCUGUUUAUCUGGUUAAACUAAGGCUGAAUUUAUACAAUAACCAGUGGUGUAGACCCUCUUCUGUGGGCAAAAUUCAAAAUGUUGUCAUAUUGCUAAAGUUAAUUCCUUUAUAGUCAGCUUUAGCACUUUAGCAGUCAGACUGAAAGCCUUAAACAAGCCAUAAGAAAGCCAUGUUUAUACAAGCUAAAAUCUCAGAACCAUGAGCAUAACACACAAAAUUAAAUUACUUUAACAGAAACCGAAAUGUCAAAUGAACAGGAACCUAGCUUUUUAAUGCUAAACCUUAGCACUUGAUGUCACUCUUUAACCUACUGACCUUGGCUGUACUAGCAUGCUAAUGCUAACAAAUUAUCUAAGUGUGAAAAUGAAUUGCGACUGACAAUAUGCACAUCCCUUCUGUUAAAAUGACCAUAAUUUACCUAAUGGACUUUUUUUUCCAUUACGACCUGAAACUUGUGACUGAGCCCAUAAAGUCAACAGAAACGUGUUUGCUUAGGUCACAGAGUCAGAGCACCAAGAGCAAGUUUAUCCCGACCACUGCAAGUCUUUUAGUAGCCGGGCUGAGGCGUUACCUUCUCUUCUCAGAACCUGAAAACAUUCUAACCUACAUAGUAACAUAGUUACAAAAUAAAAAUAACCCCCAUUUAACUUUUUAUCAUUAAAAAAAAAAAUCACAUGUAAUAGAAUUUUAAUUAAUCUAUGUAUGUAUCAUUUUAGCACAUUGACUAUUAGUGCUUUUAAAUUAGCUUGCUAACUGUAUACAAUGUGUGUUAGCAUUGUAACAGUCUGACACAAAAAAAGACUGUGUAGGUGAACAUGUUGCACACUGCACACACGUAUCUAAAUUAGCAGAUAAAACAAGCUGGUGAAAACUGAUGUUACUGUUUCAUAGUUUUACACCAAAAAGUACAACAAAAAUGAUUUAUUUUCUAAAUUAAUAUGUAUUAGUAAGCCACAAACAGACUGGCAACCCAUCAAUGGUCUUAGCCUUAUGACUUGGUAGGCUCUGAACUCACUUAUAAUAUCUGACUGUGGACAAUUUGGAGGACACACACGGUGAAUCCUGCAAAUUUUUUUCUCCAAGAAGUUUAACUCUGAAUAAAAAAAAACAGUACCUAUUCAGUGUUUUUUUUAAUUCAACCAUCACAUGGAAUUAAUGUUCUUUGCUGUACUGUUUCUAGUAAAAACAAACUGAGUUUUGGCAUCAGUCCAAACUUUUUAUGGCUCAUUUGUGUGGCUUCUUUGCUUUAUGAUCUCAUUAACCGCAUAAGAGUUGAGAGAACAGCCAGUUAUUUGGUGCAUCAAAACUCCAAAUGGCUUAGUUUUCAUAACACAAAACAAACUAAAAGGAAUAAAUGCACCAUUAACAUGCUUGUUGGACAUAAAGUCAUAAAAUGUGCCACUUGUGUGCCAGUGUAAAUUUAACCUUAGUGCCAGAUGAUCUUAACACUGUUAAUAGACUGAUAUAUGUUCACUCUGCUUUAUUUCCUGAUGUCUGUGGAUUGUACAUGCAUGAACACAAACCCAAAUCUGAUGCUGAAAAUGUUUGUUGGCAGUGCGCGCACACUGCGUCAGAUCUCUGUUUUCACCUGCCUUUCCUGUCAGCUCACAACCGGGUUCUCGUCUCUAGCCUGUGAUACAGUAAGCACUCAGCAGCAGCAGCUCAUGGCAAACAUGGUUUAUUGUCAGUUCAAAAUUACAAACAGUACAUCCCAUAAAUAAGAGAUCACAAAAUAAAUCAAGCUUUACACACUU